AUGCGACUAGGAAGCCGGAACCCUGUGUCCUUACCUGUAACACAGGAUAGGAGCAGAGCACAUAACAAAUAUAAUGCUACAUGGUUCUUUGUAGUAAUUUCAAUAAUUAUUCUACUUGGGCUUCACAUAAAGCUUGAACCCAAACCAGAACUGCCUACAAUUUGCCAAUAUAAUACUAUUAGACCCCACUACGAGCCCGACGAAAACAGAAUUAACGGUCGAUACAAGCUGUUUGACAUGCAAGAUACAAUUCUUGAAAAUGCUACCAUUAUUGAUGGUGACGGAAUGGUGCUUCAAGAAUCAGAUAUUUACAUUUCCAAGGGAACCAUCGUUAAUAUAGGCAAACAUCUUGCUAACUCAGUUAUGACCAAUCCUUUAGUGGUUCCAUUGAAUGGUAAAUUUGUUACUCCUGGCUUGAUUGAUAUGCACUCACAUUUUGGAACUAGGCCUCAGCCUCAGCUAUUUGCUACUGAAGAUACCAACGAAUUCACCAACCCGAUUACACCUUACGUUAGGUCCAUAGAUGGUAUCGAUCCUAACGAUCCAGAUAUGGACUCUUUGUUGGCAAGUGGUGUCACUUCUCACUUAGUUCUUACCGGUAGCAAGAAUUUAAUCAGUGGAGAAUCUUAUGCCAUUAAGUUGCACAAGCCUCCGCAUAACCUAGUGAAAGAGUUACUUGUGCAAUAUGAUCUUAUUGAAAAUGGAGCCAAACCCGUUAGGCGGUUGAAGAUGGCUUACGGAGAAAAUGAAAAGAACUGGAAACUUCAAAGGGGACAAGGCUAUCCUGUGAGUCGGAUGGGCGAGAAUGCAUUGUUGAGGGAAGCUUUUGACAGUGCUCGAAGGCUUAAAAAAAAGCAGGAUCAAUGGUGUUCUGACUCGAAGAUUAGAGGACAUGAACAAUAUCCUACAGACAUUAAUCAAGACCUACUUGUGUCUGUUCUCAGGGGCGAUAUCAAUGUAAAUGUCCAUGUUUAUGAGACUUAUGAUAUGGAGUCGUUGCUCAGAACAGCCGACGAAUACGGAUUUCAUAUCAACGCUUUCCACCAUGCUCUUUCCUCGUGGAAAAUUCCAGAGCUUUUAAAGGAGCAUAAUGUUACCAUUGCUCUCUUUGCAGAUGAAUGGGGCGGAAAGAAAGAGCAGUAUCAGGGUUCGGUUUAUCAGCCUAAACUUUUGGAUGAUGCAGGAAUUUCCGUGGCGUUAAAGACUGAUCAUCCCGCGUUGCCGGGACAGGAGCUCUUGUUCUUUGCACAGAUUGCCUACAACUUUGGAUUACCUCAGGAAAAAGCCAUUGCGUCUGUGACUUCAAUACCAGCGAAGAGCAUUGGUUUAUCACACAGAAUUGGCUAUUUAAGAAAGGGCUAUGAUGCUGACUUGGCUAUCUGGAACGAUCAUCCGCUGACAUUGGGUGUUCAUCCAUUAGAGGUGAUUGUCGAUGGUGAACCUCGCUUUAGCUUCACCAAAUUGAAUAAAGAAACAUUGAAGUCAAUUCCUCUGCAGAGAAAACAGCUUACUAUUCAGGACUCUUGCCGUGUUGGCCUAGACAGCUUCAUCCUUAAAGGAAUUAAGAAAUCGUUGAUCCCCUUGUCUGGUAAUGUGCCACCUUCCAUAGAAGUUAUUGAUAAAGGAAACGUGAGCUUUUUUGAUGAUGAAAAGAACAUUGAAGAUUACAUAAAGAAAGGAUUUCCUGUUAUUCAACUUCAGGAUGGAUAUGUAGUUCCGGGCGGAAUCGCAGUUUCCCCUAGUGUUGGGCUUAGAGAGAUGGAAUUGGAGGAAGACACUUCAGAUGGUUCUAUCUCUGGAGUAGAGUUUAUCCACGCUGCCGAUGGUAUUCAUAUGGAUGGAUUGGUCAUCAAGAGACUUCAUAGAACCGGUAUAGCAGGUGCAAUCACUGCUCCAAUCGGAAACUCAUUUAUAAAGGGAAUUAGCACUUAUGUUAAAUUUGCGGGCGAGGAUCUUAAUGAAGUUAUAGCGCAGCGUUCUGUUGCUGUUCAUUUCAACAUUGGUAAUAAGGCCAAGAAAGGCCAGUACUCCACGAUUUCUUCUCAAAUAGAGCAUAUAAGAAGGCUUUUAAGGGAGAAACCUGAGACCCUAGAGGGAUUACCUAUUGCCGUUCAUACGCAUAAUUCUGGGAUUAUGAGGCACAUUAUUGGAUUGAAAAAGGAGUUUCCAAAAGAGAAAUUCAUUAUUAUAGGUGGCCAGGAAGCCUACCUUAUUGCAGAUAAGUUGGCUUCAGCAGAUAUUUCUCUUAUUCUUGCUCCAUGGCAUUGUACCGCUAAGUUUUGGGACAACAGAUUUUGUUCUCCAAAUGAACCAUUAGAAAAUGAGUCCUCGGUUCAGAUUCUUCACAAAGCAGGUGUACAAUUUGCCCUAGGAGAAGAAGCAGAUGCAACUAACCGAAGGCUUUUUUGGGAUUCUGGAUGGGCUAGCAAAACAAUCAAGAAUUUUAGUCCACUAGAAGAGGCGGGGCUAGUCUCUACUACUGUUGAACAAAUAUUUGGUCUUCCUCAUGAUGAUGACUUUUUUGUUUUUGAGCACAAUCCUUAUGACUUUGGAUCAUCUUUGGUAUUAUCGUUUGAAAAUGGGAGAAUAACUCAGUGCUUUCCUGAAGUUGAAGAGCCUAAUGUUGGAGAUGAAUUAGCUGAAUAA